AUGGCUGUCCAAAAAAUCUUUUCACUUGCAUUCCUCACUCAACUGGUCUUCCUUGCUCUGGCACUUGGCCUUACAGAAGCAAAUUAUGGUCUGAGACUUGGGUAUUACAGGAAGACAUGCCCCGACGCGGAGCUUAUCGUCCACAGGACAACAUAUCAAUUCAUUUCUAUGGUGCCAACGCUGGCCGCUCCGUUACUAAGGAUGCAUUUUCAUGAUUGUUUCGUAAGGGGAUGUGAUGGUUCCAUCCUUCUAAACCCCACUAAAAGUACUCAAACAGAGAAACUGGCAAUCCCAAACCUAUCAUUGAGAGGGUACCAAGUAAUCGAUGCUGCAAAAUCUGCCCUUGAAAAGAAGUGUCCUGGUGUGGUUUCUUGUGCUGACAUCCUAGCCCUAGUUACUCGAGACGCAGUGGCAAUGAUAAAUGGACCAUAUUGGGAUGUUCACACCGGCCGAAGAGAUGGGCGAGUAUCACUUGCUACAGAGGCCUUGUCAAAUUUGCCAGCUCCUUUUGCCAACAUUACCCAACUUAGACAAAGUUUUGCUUCAAAGGGUUUGAGCGCAAAAGACUUGGUUGUUCUAUCAGGAGCGCACACAAUAGGCAUUGGUCAUUGCUUUGGCUUCUUGAAUAGGUUGUACAAUUUCACCGGCAAAGUCGACAGUGACCCUUCAAUGGAUCCCAAGUAUGUAGCUCAAUUGAAGAAGAAAUGCAAGCCUGAACUAGACUUGAAAACAUUUGUUGAGAUGGACCCAGGAAGUUUCAGGACAUUUGAUGAUCACUACUACACUAUUGUGGCCAAAAGAAGAGGCCUCUUCCAAUCCGAUGCAGCUCUUCUUGAUGACUAUGAGACAAGAGCGUAUGUCAACAGUCAUGUUAAGAAGCCCUACGUUUUAAGCUUUGGACAGGAUUUUGCUGCUUCCAUGGUUAAAAUGGGCGCCAUUGAAGUCCUCACUGGGAAGGCAGGAGAAAUCAGGAAACAGUGCGGUUUUGUCAAUUGA